AUGGGUGGCAUUCAGGACGAUGGUUCGCCGGAGAAGUUGGUUGCCGAUGCUGGUGGGAAUACUAAUAGUGAGGGUAGUGAUGGUGGUGGGGGAACCGGGACACAACGGAUAUCCGGCGACGCUAUCGAUUCUUCCGGCCAGGACAACAACCGACAGGACCCAAACGCAGUGCUGGCCCCCGGCCAACGACGUGGCCAAAUUCGAGAAUUGGUAUAUUUGACGGAGGAACUGGACGGCGCGAACGACGAUAUCGAUGCGGACUCGAACACAGACGCAAGCGAGGACUUCCAGCGUUGGUUCGACAACAUGGACAGCGCACACCACUCACAGCAAGCGAAACGCACAACGGAACAGGAAACGGCCCUGGUUGGCCAGAAAGAAUUACCGCCGCUCCCUUCCGACCUGCCACCACCCUCUUCUUCACCACCGCUAGGAAUGUCAUGUAGGAUCUCGCGCUUCCCCUUCUCGCACCCGUGCGAGGUCCCGGAGUUGAUGCCCGACCUGGACGAGUUGUUUGGAAUGGCGCCCAGCCCUCCUACGUCGGGGCCGGUCACCCCCAGCAUUGCUCCGGACAUCUUUCGCCCACUUACACAGCUCACCUCUCCCGACCUAGAGUUAGGUCGGGACUUCAUCAACCCCGCUCAAAAAGUCGAGUUUCACGACAGCGUGCGUGAAGUGUCGAUCAAGUCGGUUGACACAGCGAUCGUCGACGGACUCGAUAUGAUUCGGGAGGAAGAUGGCAAUCUGGAUAACGCCUCGUUCGUGGCCCCAACCCUAGCAUCGUCCGGGACUAGCACCGUCGACGGCGGCGACCGGCCGGUGUUCCUGGCUGCGGAUGGACGGGGUCAUCUUCGCAGUGUCAGUUCCCUGGGAAGCGGGAGUUCCGGCGAGUGGCGCCCGACCCAUGCGCGGACGUCUUCACGAAAGUCGCUGGGUGUGUUCUCUCGGAUACGCCAUGGACACCGUGUUAGUGAAGACCCUUGCCUCGAGAGGCGAACCUUGACACCAAUGAAGCUCUCGGCCCCAACUCCUGUCCCCACCAGUGACCCGGAGGAUGAAGACCUGUCGACGGUCGAGGGGAUAGCUCCUCCAUCAACAGUAUUGGAAACUCUACCAGACCCCCCUAGCGCUGCUAGUAAAUUCCUGCAACGGAUCCCAUGGGUGGGAGAUUCACGAUCCGGGAAAACCCCUGUCGUCUUCGGCGUGGACCUCAAGGAAGGCAUUCGUGUCGCGCCGAUGAAGAUUCGGAUAUCGCACAAGGGCAGGAGCACAUCCUACCGGACAUUUCCUUUGGCAUUGUACAAGUGUUGCGAAUUUAUUCGCCGAGCUGGAGGCACCGAUGGCCAAAUCUUCUCUUCACCUGGAGACCCUGACAAUGUAAACCAGCUCCAAGCCAUUUUUAACACAGCCCCAACAUUUGGCGAGCAUUUCCGGUUUGAAGGAAGCGGGUACACGGUCCACGACGCCGCACGCCUCAUCCUCGUGUAUCUCGAGUCGCUCCCGAAACCGCUCAUCUCGUCAUCUGUCGUCAAGUCCUGGGUUCUACUAGCGCGCCAAGAGGGCGCCAUCGAACCGCCAUGCCCACGAGUCGAAACGGGUCUCGACUUUUGGACCGAGGCGCUCAACCGGCUACCGACGGUCAACCGCAACCUGAUCAAGCACCUCCUCACGAUCUUCGCCGAGGUCCUCCUUGCUAGCUCCGGUGAAAUUAGUGAGGCCAAUGCCCGACAGUUGGCCUCAUCCGUGACGAAAUCGAUCUUCCACCAGGAUACCGACGGAACUGGGUUGGAGGGCAAGCCGAUAAAAGAGUACAAGAAGAAGCCGAUUAAACGGGAUGUGCAGCCUACACUAGCGCUCGCGUUCUUAAUCAAGAAGCGGGGCGAGUAUGCGGUGUCGCUGAGCGAGGUGGCUAAAACUGACGGGUCUAAACGGAACUCGACCUCGUUUUUGCCAAGUACCAAGGAAAUUAUGGAGUGGAAGGGCUCGCCUCGGUGA